AUGGCCCACUCACGGGAUUCCCUCAGCUCACGUCUCCAUUGUACACUUGCUCAGUCGUCCAGUACAAUACAACAACUAUAUACCGACACUUACCUUGAAGCAUGCAAGGCUGUCAAACUAGAUCAACAAGGCAAAGUUGACCCUGCCAGAGAUGCCUACAGACGUGUCAUUCAAAUGUUCUCGGAACUAUUGAAAACUGGUCGGGUAGAUGCUGAACAACUCAAACAAAAACUUAAUGAAUAUGUCCAUCGACUAGACCAGCUCGAUCGACUUCAGCAAGCCACAGCCAGACCACCCUUAAAGCUCGCCAGUUCUUCAUUCUCUACUAAUAAUGACUCUGACAGCGAUGAAGAAUGGGAUGAAUUUAGUCAUGUUGUAGAAAAAGCACAGUUUGCAUUGAAUCAAGCUCGAGUAAACGAAGAAAAGGACUACAAUGAUCAGGCAUUGGAAUAUUAUUCUGAAGCAGCCGAAUGUUAUCUAGCAGUUUACAAAGAGCUUUCUGUCGAUCAUCCAAGACGCAUUCAAAUUCGAAACAUGUUUACAACUGCCUUGGAUCGAGCAGAGAUCGUCAAGGCAAUUCAGAAGACCAGUCUUGUCAAACUCGAAAAACAAACCCGAUCUCCGUCCCUCUCUGUCCCCCAAAACGAAGAACAACAACGCCUGGGUCGCUUGAGAAGCGCUUCGAUGUCUUCUGUGGUAUCUAUUCCUGCAGACCGCCCAACAACCAUAUCUUCCCACAAUUCUACAGCAGCCGCGUCCAACUCUUCAUCAUCCUUAUUAUCAACACCAUCACCGUCCUCGUUACCGCCAUCAUUACCGCUGCCCUUACCGUCACCAUCACCGUCCCCUUCACCGUUAUCGUUACCAUUGUCGUCUUCAUACUCGAAUUCGAAUUCGUAUCUGUCUUUUUCGCCUUUGAUUGCAGAACCUGUUGAUCAAGACAUACUUUCACACCGACUAUCAAGUGCUGAGAUCGAGGUGCUCAAGUACACAUCAAACGUAAAUGGCAAAGUAUUCUUACCUUGGGUUGAUUCGUCUGAUCUCAAAGAGAAAUUCUCGUUUGAGAAAAAGUUCUUAGACCCUGAUGGUUCAUUAAGAUUGUCUGAUAAACAAUUAGCUAAUUUUGGUGGCUGGAAAAGACCUAGCCAGUUUAUGCACCAACCACAGAUGAUUCGUCUGAUAUCAAGUACAAAUAUUAUUCAAGAUAUUGUUACAGAUUGUUCUUUUGUUGCCUCUUUGUGUGUAGCAGCAGCUUAUGAGCAAAAGUUCAAUAAACAACUUAUUACUUCAUGUAUAUACCCUCAAGACAGCAAAGGUCGGCCUUGUUAUAAUCCAAAUGGAAAAUACGUUAUCAAGCUUGUAUUUAAUGGAAUCUCACGCAAAGUUGUUGUGGAUGAUCUGUUACCUCUUUCUCAAAAGAAUACACUAAUGUGUACAUUCUCUGCCGACAAAGAAGAACUCUGGGCUAGUAUUAUCGAAAAAGCAUAUAUGAAACUUAUGGGUGGAUACGACUUUCCUGGAUCGAAUUCUGGUAUUGACUUGUACUGUUUAACUGGUUGGAUUCCCGAGCACUUGUUUAUCCAUGAUGAAAAGUCAUUUGUACCUGAAAAGGUCUGGAAUAGGAUAAUCGAAGGAGCAAAAUAUGGUGAUGUACUUGUUACGAUUGCUACUGGUGAGAUGACAGAAGAAGAAGCAUCAAGCAUGGGCUUAGUACCUACACAUGCAUAUGCAGUCGUUGAUAUCAAAAUGGUCGAGAAUAAACGUUUCAUGCAAGUCAAAAACCCAUGGAGUCACAAACGAUGGAAUGGACCCUACAGUCAUAUGGACACCAAGAAUUGGACCCCCCAAUUGAUGCAAGCUCUGAACUACGACCCAACUCUGGCUGGGCAGAGAGACGAUGGAAUCUUUUGGAUUGAUUUUGAGUCUGUUUGUUCCUAUUUUACCUCUAUACAUUUGAACUGGAACCCAGAGCUAUUUACUCAUCAAUGGGUCUUGCAUUCGAAGUGGCGCAAAGACAUUGGUCCUAAAAAAGAUAUCUACAAUCUUGGUUACAACCCACAAUUUCGAUUGAGAGUAAAUGUACCAGACAAAAAACCAGCUGCAGUGUGGCUCUUACUUUCAAAACACAUCAUGGUCACAGAGGAGAAUACAGACUACAUCACUCUUCACAUCUACAACAACACUAAUGGCGAGAGAGUAUUCUAUCCAGGAGAACCAUUUAAAGAGGGUACCUAUGUCAACAGUCCCCACAUUCUGGUUAGGUUUAAUGCUCCACCUGGUAUAAGUGAUUAUACUAUUGUGGUUUCUCAGCAUGAAAAAGAGAGAUCUCUAUAUUUCACAUUGAGAUCCUAUUCACUUGCGCCCAUACAGCUCACCGAAGUACCGAUGCGGUAUUCUAUAGAACAAAAGAUCCGUGGCGAGUGGACAGACCAGACAGCUGGUGGAAAUGCAUCAAGUCCUUCAUUUUUGAAUAAUCCUCAAUGGAAGAUCACAAUCCCAUCUCCAGAGUCUGAUGAUCCAGGCACAGAUAAAAACAACAAUGUUACUGCUACUACUGGAAUCUUACUUAUGCUAGAAGCCCCGAAAUCAUUUGCAGUAAAUUUGAUGCUAGUUGAGGGCGGAAAGAGAGUAUCAAGGCAAUGUAUCCCUGGAAGUUAUACUGUAGUAGCGUCUACUUUUGAAGCAGAUCUUAUCGGAAAGUUUAUUCUCACUGUAGCUAGUCUAGUUCCACUUACAGUCGAUCCUAUCCCAGCAGAAGGAGCCGGUAUGUUUCGAAAGAUAAUACACGGUGAAUGGAUACGUGGAUACAAUGCAAUGGGGUGUGUAGCCCAUAAUAAUUAUAGCAAAAAUCCUCGAUACUUGCUGGAUAUUCGAGAACUGACUACUGUAAAAAUUCGGCUACAGGCUAAAAACAUAGAACCCACCCCAUCUAUGAAUAUAACUUUGUAUGAAAAGCACCCUAAAGACACGUUUGGUCAAGAAGUAGCUACUUCUGGACCUUAUACCAAUGUUAUUCAGGGUGUUGCAACAAACGAUAUAGUACUCGGUCAAAAUGGAACAGGCUACCUUGCUGUUUUUGCUACACAUGACAAAGACAUUGCAGGCGAAUUCACUGCAUUUAUUUACAGCGAUCGUCCUGUCAAUGUACGCAGCGAUCGUUCAUAA